CGAAAGUAAACUGGAUGAGGAAAUAGAAAUCACACUGACGAGACGUGGUCCUCAUCUGAACUUGUAUAUUUUUGAUUCUGGUGUAUUUAUUUGUCUCAAACUGGAAAAGUCUGCGUAAUCAUGUCGAGGGCAGCAACACUGAAGAUAAGCAGCAGCAGCGCAGUUCAGGUGGAAAACUUCCGCAAGUCUCUUUAUCAUGAGGCAGAUAAUCUGUUCUCCAGUCUCAUCCCCUCGAAGAUUGUGCAGUUGGAUGCUCUGCUCAGGGAUGAUGCCAUGAGUAUCACAGACAUGUCUUCACUCAAGGCUCCGCUGGACAUCCCCAUUCCCGACCCUCCGUCCCCGGAGGAGGAGGAAAUGGAGACUGACAAGAAUGAAGACGAGGACAAGAAAAAGAAGAAAGCACCAAAAUGCGGCUUCAUCAAGGGGAAUGAGAAGAUUAUGAUGCUGCUGGAUCGUGUGAAACCUGAGAUUGUUGCUCUUAGAGAGACCAUAAUUGUUGUGUCCUGCUGGAUUCAGUACCUCAUCCCAAAAAUAGAGGAUGGGAAUGACUUCGGUGUUGCCAUUCAGGAGAAAAUCUUGGAGAGAAUCACCGCAGUGAAGACCAAAGUGGAUGGUUUUCAGACCAACAUCAACAAGUACUUCUCAGAGAGGGGAGAUGCUGUUGGCAAAGCUUCCAAGGAAACUCAUGUGAUGGACUAUCGCUCACUUGUCCACGACAAAGACGAGGCUAUCUACUCUGAAAUCAGGGUGAUUGUUCUCGACAUCCGUGGAUUCUACGCUGAACUUUAUGAUAUCAUCAGCAAGAAUCUUGAGAAGGUGACCAAUCCAAAAGGAGAAGAGAAGCCUUCCAUGUAUUGAGCCUGGAGGGAUGAGGAGGUGAUCUGGAGGUACCACAGGGACAGAUUCUUCUAUCCUCUGCCUCAAAGCGCUUUUUUUCACACGGUGGAUUCAACACAAAUCAACUCUUCUGUUCAGUCUUCUGCAUUUAUACAUUAAUCAGUUUCAUCUCUCAAUUUUGCUUCUUCAGCUGAUAGGAAAAAGUUAUAAAAAAAUGGGUCAAAGUUUUGUUUCUGCGUCUGUGAUGACACUUUGUACCAACACUUGCACUAAAAUGUAUCUUUGUGUGCUUCAUUGUUUGUUUAGGGGUUCUCAUAAAUAGAAAAGACAAUAAAGAAAACUGUUUUUAAAUUGA